AUGAAAAACACUAGAUAUCAUUCAGAAAUAUAUAGAAAGCAUCAGAGAGAUGGUAAAUUGAGGGAUUCGUCAUUUAAGUUGGAUAAAAGAGGCGUUAGAAAAACAAUACAACGAGAAACAAUGUAUGGUCAAGAUUUGUUUGAAAAAGAUGCAAAAUUAGAUAGAAAAGAGACAGAUAAUGGUUUAGAAACUUAUAGAAGGCGUUCAAGGUCUCCUUAUUACAAAAAUUUUUAUCAUGGAAGCAUGCAAAAACGAUAUCCAACAUAUAUAUAUGAUGAAAGCUCUAGAACCAAAGCAAGGGUGUCUCCAUAUAGAAAACGUAGUCCAUCAACAAGUGUAUCUCAGAAGUCAACAUCCUCUUCUAUUCCCCAACAUAAGAUAUACAAUUCUCGUUCCCCUCAGUUUGAUAAUUCUAAAAGAAGACUACGGCUUAAUAGAACCUCUUGUUCAAGAUCAGAUUCAGGAGAAAGCUAUGGUAGGUCUUUAGAAUUGAAGCAUUAUUCGUCAAGGAAGGAAUAUGCAUAUUCGCCAGAAUAUUUUAAUGAUCGCUAUUCUCAUAAUACAUCUAGAUAUUCUUAUUCAUUUGAAAAUAAACAUCAAGGUUACAAGAAAACAUACAAUUAUUCUGAAAAACAGAUACCUAGGAAUUCAUCUUCUCUUUUAACCUCUUCAUAUAAUCAUUCAUACAGCUCUAAAUAUGAGACUGACCAUUAUGAUUCUAAAUUUCUACCCAAAGAAAGAUACAAAAACACUAGGACUUCAACAUCUUAUUACAAAGAAAAUUCAGAUACGUUUUAUCGACCUUCUAGCACUUCUGAUUAUCAAAAAUAUAAACAUAAUAGUAAUUCUAGGAAUCCAAAAUACCGAUAUGUGUAUGAUAAGGAUACAUAUUAUAGGUCACCGUUUUCUAAUGAACUUGAAAAUAAUUCAAAAGAUACAGAUGUUUUGUAUAAAAGCCCCGAUUCAUAUACAGAAACAGAUACUACUAAAAUAAAUCCGAAAAAACAUGAAGAUACAUCUAGUGAUCUUUUAGAUUAUAAAUAUAAUAAUAUGAAAAAUAUGGACCGCUAUAGCCAACCAAUUCAUAAAAAUAACAAGUUAUAUGAUGUAAAUGAAGCAUUCACUAGGACACCACAAACUCUUAAUUUCAAAGAAAAUAUCACAAAAAAACAAGAUAAUGUUGAAUUUCAUUUAGAAAAUAAACAGCAUUCUACGACACCUAUAGUGUCAUUUAAACUCUCGAAUCCAAAAAGUGUACAAUCCACUUCUCAUUUGCAUUUAGAAAAUACAUCUUUUGAUUCAAAUACAGAUUUUUCCUCCAAGUAUAAAACUUGUGAGUCUAAAAAUAGUUCAACUGUAGAAAAAUUACAUAAUGAUGCAAAAUUAUCAAAAAGAUCUUUAAGUACCUAUUCAGCAUUAGUAAAUGAAGAAAAGGAUUUUUUACCUAUAAAAAAAUCUAAAAAAUUAUCUGAAAAUACAUUAAAAGAUUCAGAAAAUAUAAAUUAUUUAGAGACUGAUAAUAUUCAACAUUAUUCUAAAGAUUUUGAAACAAAGAGUAUUUCGAUUGUAAAACCAAUAACGAAAAUAACUAUGAUUGAUUCUAAAGAAGGAUAUGUAUAUGAAAGGAUUGGUCAAGUUGGUGAAGGAACAUAUGGAAAAGUAUAUAAAGCUCGUAAUAGAAUAACUAAUGAAUUAGUUGCUUUAAAGAAAAUUCGGAUGGAAUAUGAAAAAAAUGGGUUUCCAAUAACUGCUAUGAGAGAAAUUAAGUUGUUACAGUCUUUAAGGCAUCCUAAUGUUGUUUGUCUUUUGGAAAUGAUGGUAGAAAAAAGCACUGUAUAUAUGGUUUUUGAAUACAUGGAUCACGAUUUAUCUGGUGUAUUAUCAAAUCCUAAUUUCCACUUUGAACUUUCACAUACAAAACAUCUUUGCAAACAAAUGUUAGAUGGGUUAGAAUAUCUUCAUCACCGUGGAGUAUUGCAUCGUGAUAUUAAAGGAUCAAAUAUCCUUCUUGAUAAUUUUGGGCAGUUAAAAUUAGCAGAUUUUGGAUUAGCUCGAUAUUAUCAUAAAAAACAUAAUACUGCCGAUUAUACUAAUAGAGUAAUUACUCUUUGGUUUCGACCUCCAGAGCUUCUUUUGGGAGCUACAGCAUAUGGGCCUUCUGUUGAUAUUUGGAGUGCAGGAUGUAUAAUGAUUGAAUUAUUUACCAAAAAACCAUUAUUUCCAGGACAUGAUGAAAUUCAUCAACUCGAACUUAUAUAUGAUAUGAUGGGAACACCAACACAUGAAAACUGGCCUACUGUAAAUCGAUUACCAUGGUAUGAAUUACUUAAACCAGCUGAAAAAAAAGCUGGAAAAUUCUAUGAUUGCUAUUCAACCAUCUUGUCUCCUGCUGCUUUAAACCUUAUUUCAAACAUAUUAGCAUUGGAUCCAUCAAAACGACCGACUGCAACUGAGGCACUAAAACAUAGUUUUUUUACUCAAGAAGAACCUAAACCCGAACCUCCUCUAGGAUUAAGUAGUAUGAAAGGAGAUUGGCAUGAAUAUGAAAGUAAACGAAGAAGAAAAAAAUUUAGAGAAUAUAGAGAAAUAGAUGGAAGCAAAGAACCUGAAAAAAAUGUUACGAAAUGA